UUUCCAAUACAUGCAUGAAUGAAGUCAUACGUAUCAUGUCGUAUGUUACGAAUCCGUUCAUCUUUGAAUUAAGAAAAGAGGCGUCGACUGAAAAACAAUUGACAAAAACUCGUCUUCGUCAAGUCCUGGUCUUUUAAACUCUGUUAUACAGCACUACCAUCGGCCCUAUCCAAACCAGCCACCCCCUCUCUCAUCCCCAAUAGCUACGUACUCUUCCGUCAUCAUCAUCAUGGCCACCUCUAAGGAGAACACCCCUCCCAUGAUCUCCAUAACAACAGUCCAUGCCGAAGGCGAAAUUGGCGACGUAAUAACCUCUGGCAUCCCGGACCCUACCCACCUCCCCACCAUGUACGCCAAACUAUGUCACUUUCGCGACAACGCCGACCAUUACCGCCAAAUGCUCAUGCAAGAGCCUCGCGGCCGUGUCUCCCAAUGUAUGAACAUUCUCCUAUCCCCAUGCGACCCCUCAGCCGAUGCUGGGUUCCUUAUCCUGGAAAGCGACGAGUAUGCCACUAUGAGUGGCAGCAAUACCAUCUGCGUAACUACAGUGUUGCUCGAGAGUGGCAGGCUAGAGAUGAAGGAACCGGUCACGACAGUCGUGUUAGAUACGGCGGCGGGACUGGUGCGCGUGAGAGCUGAAUGUGAGGGAGGAAAGUGCAAGACUGUUGAGUUUGACAACGUACCUUCCUUCGUUUACGAACUUGGUUACAAAGUCUCCGUACCUGGUUUACAGAAUGCCGAAGUGGAAGUGGAUAUCGUGUGGGGCGGUAUGUACUUUGUGCUCGUGGAUGCUGAGUCGCUUGACCUGGCUAUCGAGCACAAGUAUGGUAGGGACUUGGUGGAGUUGGGGCAGAAGAUUAUGAGGGCGGUUCAGAAAGUUUAUACGCCGGUCCAUCCGCUCAACGAGGGGAUCAAGGGGGUUAGCAUUUUGGGGUGGACAGGGCCACUUGUGGAGGAGGGAGAUGGGACGAAGAGUGCUAUCAAUACUGUUGUCGUUUCCCCAGGCCGAUUUGAUCGUAGUCCUUGUGGUACGGGAACUUCGGCGAGGAUGGCGGUGUUGCACAAGAAGGGGCUGCUGCAGGUUGGGGAGAAAUUCGUGCAUAAGAGCAUAAUUGGUACGGAGUUUCAGUGUAGCAUACUGGGUACGACGGAGGUUGGAAAGUACGAAGCGAUAUUACCAAGGGUGAAGGGAAGGGGAUGGAUUACAGGGUAUAGGCAGGUCUUGAUGGAUAACGGUGAUCCUUUUCCGGUCGGGUUUAGAGUUGGAGAUGUUUGGGGAAUGGAUGAGUGUUGAGAGUGAGCGAAUAGAUAAACUCGAAGAAUUGAGCAAUAUUGUGAAGAGAUGGAGGGCUUCAUGGCCGACAAUACUAGAAGACGCUCCGAUAUUCCUGUUAAAAGGGCAAAGGAACACUGGAAGCUACUAGAGCGCCACAGUAUCUUCACGAGCGACUUCGAUCAACAUACGCCGGAAGGAGAGGGGUGCGAUGCAUACCGGAGCAUAUUGAUAUCACUGUUGUCCUCUCCGACUCUGAACGAAACCCGAAACAGCUCCAAGGUAGUCGAUAUCACACAGUUCGAAAGUGCUGCAAAGUAACACAUAGUUCAUACGCCUCCAAGCCUUACCGUUUUCGAAUAACCAAGAAACGCUAUGAAGAACUUUAUUGUUUGCGUAAUUUGUAGAGCUUUCCAUACUUGAUCGUUGAUGGUACC